AUCUACUUCCGAAUCAAAACAUUCCGGCAAAUUUUUACAUAUAAUUCUAAUUACUGAUUACUAGUAUUUUACUAUCACAGAAUAUCAAGUUCUGGGUUAGUAAGUAAUUACGCCUACUUGCUGCUAUAAUUGUUUUUAAAAAGAAAUGUUAGUGCUAGUUUUGGGCGAUUUACAUAUACCACAUAGGUGUAGCACCUUACCUGCUAAGUUUAAGAAACUUUUGGUACCAGGAAGAAUACAACAUAUUUUAUGUACUGGCAAUUUAUGUACAAAGGAGUCCUACGACUAUCUGAAAACUUUAGCGAGUGAUGUUCAUGUAGUGAGGGGAGAUUUUGAUGAUAAUCUUAAUUACCCAGAACAAAAGGUAGUAACUGUAGGUCAGUUCAGGAUAGGAUUAUCUCACGGGCAUCAGGUAGUACCUUGGGGAGAUCCCGAAUCUUUAGCUCUGAUCCAAAGGCAGUUAGAUGUAGAUAUUUUGAUAUCUGGUCAUACCCAUAAAUUUGAGGCAUAUGAACAUGAAAAUAAGUUUUAUAUCAACCCUGGAUCUGCCACAGGCGCCUAUAAUGCCCUAGAUCCGACAAUUAUUCCUUCAUUUGUACUGAUGGAUAUUCAGAACACGACAGUUGUAACAUACGUAUACCAACUAGUAGGUGAAGAUGUAAAAGUUGAAAGAAUCGAAUACAAAAAAAACUAGGUUAGGUCAAUUUGAAAUUGUUUACAUAAGAGCAUUUACCUAUCUAUAAAUAUUUGUUUAUUUGAAUGGCCUGUAAUGAGAUUUCAUUCCCUUGUAUUAAGUUAUAUUUUGUCAUUGAUAUACUAUGAAGUAUAAUCAGUCUGCAGAACUUUCUGCAAUGAAAA